UGAUUCCAGUUCGUUCAGGAAGAGGUUAACCAGUGUAUAUCUUGGCAGGUUCCUGCCGGCUGGCCUCAGUAGUAAGCCAGACGUAGUAACGCCUGUACCUGAGCAAAUUUCUUGUCUCAUAAGUGUUGCGUCGUAGCUUACAACACUUAGUCUUCAGGCAAGAUGGGCAAGGAUUAUUACAAAAUUCUCGGUCUCUCGAAGGGCGCUAGCGAUGAAGACAUCAAGAAAGCUUACAGGAAAAUGGCACUCAAGUACCACCCUGACAAAAACAAGUCUGCUGACGCGGAGGAAAAGUUUAAAGCCGUAGCGGAGGCCUACGAGGUGUUGAGUGACAAAAAGAAGCGGGACAUAUACGACCAGCACGGCGAGGAAGGCCUCAAGGGAGGAAUACCUGGUGCUGGUGGUGGUGAUGGCCCACACUUCACAUAUACCUUCUCGGGCGACCCCAGAGCUACUUUCCAACAGUUUUUCGGCACUAGUGACCCGUUUGCUAACUUUUUCAUGGGUGUUGAUGGUCACGGUCCCCAUGGUGUGUUUGAAGAGAUGGACGUAGAGGACGACCCAUUCAUCACCAUGAUGGGUGGUGGGCAUCGCAUGGGUGGGGGCACACGUCGUGCCUUCAGCUUCAACCCCCAUGAUGCUUCCAGACCUCAGGGCAAGAGUCGUAACCAGGAUCCAGCCGUCACCAGGGACCUCUACGUCACCUUGGAAGAAGUUUACAAGGGCGUCACCAAGAAGAUGAAGAUUACUAGAAAUUUGUUAUCCAGUGACGGUCGUACCACACGUCGUGAGGAGAAGAUUUUGACCAUAGACGUGAAGCCAGGGUGGAAGGAAGGCACCAAGAUCACCUUUGAACGUGAGGGCGAUCAGUCUCCUGGCAAAAUUCCUGCAGAUAUUAUCUUCGUGGUCAGAGAUAAACCUCACCAGCACUUCAAGCGUGAUGGUGCCAACCUUCAGUAUACAGCUAAAUUGACACUACGUGAUGCCUUGUGUGGUGCCCGGGUAGCUAUUCCAACCUUGACCGGUCAGAAAGUUACCUUAAACUUCAGUAACGAAAUCGUACGACCACAGACCACGAAGCGUCUUCAAGGCUACGGACUACCCUACCCCAAGGAUCCUACCAGGAAAGGAGAUAUUAUCGUCCAUUUUGAUAUUCAGUUCCCUUCCACUUUGACUGAUAGUGCAAAGGAAAUUCUCUCUGAAGUUCUUCCACUGUAAGUCUACCCCCCCCCCCCAAAAAAAAAAAAAAAUUACACGCAGGAUUAUUACAUCACAAUAUACUGUGACUACAUAAAGUAUCAUUACGCCAAGGUUAUUGAGCAAGUUGAACUGUCAGUGUUGGAAGUGAAAGAUUUUGGACAGUGGAUACCUUAGUUUAUUCAUCCGAUGUUUUAUGAGAACUUGCUUGACUUGUGCCUUUACAUAAAAAAAAUCUGAACGGCAUAUUUUUAUUGGCUAAUCGACGUGUAGAAGAUCACCUGAGGUGAUGUGUACAGACGAUGAGCCAGCUUUGGGGGGAGAUACCUGUGGCGUGACGUCACCUCCAGGAUUGCUGCUGACGUCACGAGUGAGAGAGGCGGAACCCACAGCGACACCCACCUUCCACAAGACUACAUAUAUUUAUUGUACAUGAUUUAUAUUUAAGGAUUCUCUGUGCUCAAGAGCAUUAAUUUAGUUAUUGCAUUGCUAACUCUUGUACCAAGAGUGACUAUCUUGUAGUGGUAUGUUUGCUUAGCUAGUUUUCAUUUAAACAUUUUUUCAUCCAGUCAUGAUAAAGUAAAACUGUUUCAUUUGUAAAUAUUCAUUGUACACGAGUGUAUCGAGAACUUGUUUUGUAUAUAUCUGAAAUUACUUAACAACGACACCAAAGAAUUGCUUAUACCACUAGUUGGUGUAAGUGGAAUAAAGCUAUAUUUUGUAUUAA